ACUCAUUCUCUCAAUCAUCGUGUGUCGUUAUGACCCGCUAGAUCUGCGAUUGCGACUACUGGACUGUGACCGUGACCACAAUCUACAGCAUGACGCAAUGGCUCGGUGACUUGUGAGAUAGAAAAUCGGGAUCCUUGUGCACGUGUAUGCAUUGACAUAAACAAUACCUCAAGGUCCUGUGGCCUUUAUCGGGCCAAACAUGGAGGCCGUCGACAUUCGCCAGCUCUACGAUAGCGAUCCCAGGCUUACUUUCAUCGUCGACUGUCAUGAACGACCCGCCUCGAUAUGUCACGUCAAUUCGGCCUUGGUCGCCAUUGCCCCCAUCGCCUCAUCAAUCCAUGUUCACAACGCCUUCCGAGACUGGUGGCACCCAGAUAGCAGGGCUCCCACACGAGAACAAUCAACGUUCUUGCAUGGAAGACUGCGCUGGUCCAAAUUCCUGGCCUGCCAACGAUGGCUCGUGGUGACUGCGUCCGAAAAGAAGGAGCCCCCUCUCGACAAGUUGCAUCCAUCCCCAAACCCCGGCUCCGUUCCAACGCCACAGCAAUCCAAUUCCCUGACAUGCCCAACGGAGACGAUCUUUUCGGUCAAGAUUCAGUCGCCCGCUCUUCGUGAGCACAUCGAUUACAUCCGAAACAUCGACUGGGCAGCGACCUCGUUGGGUCCGAUUGAUCAGUGGGGCUAUGAGUUGAGCUUCCUUGUCACGACGCUCAUGCUCGAGACGCGGCCUGGCGCUUUGUUUCUGGGGCCUGAGCACAUCAUCAUCUAUAACCUUGCUUACGCUGGCGUAAGCGGGAGACGACAUCCCCAAAUCUUAGGCCGGAGCAUAAUAGACGCAUGGCCUGAAGUAGCGGACCCCGUCAAUGCUACCGUUGAGCGCACGCGGGGCGCGGAAUUCAUCGACGCGCCGGAAGAAGAAUAUCAUUUUAUGGUUGAGCGGUACGGCUAUGUUGAGGAGGCUUUCUUCAUGUGGGGUCUGGUCCCCCUCGUUGGUCCGAUUGAUGGGUUGUAUUCUAUCGUCACGGAAGUCACCAAGCAGAGAUUGCUCGAGCGGCGUGUGAACGCAUUGUUGCGAGUAGGACAAUUGACGAGCACCGCAAGAGAUGCUGAGACUUUCUGGACGGCUAUUCACGAAUCUGUCAAGCCGUAUGAGUAUGACUUCCCGACUGCGAUACUCUAUUCCACCUUUGAACUCGAUACCACCAGCUCAGUUAGCUCCUUUAGAAGUACGCCCAAAACUUGCAAUCUUGAAUGGACGAUUGGAUAUCGAAAGGACCACCCCUCCAUUCCGAAGACACUAGAUCUAGAGCAAGAUGAGGGCCUAGCGCGUGCGCUGUCAUACAGUUCCAAGAGAGAAUCUGCCAGUCUCUUCCGGAAAGAAGAUGGCAUUUUGCCGAAUGAUAUCUUUGACGAUGUAGAGAAGAGAGCUUUUGGAGAUCCUGGCAUUGCCCUCAUUGUCAUCCCUCUGCGGAUCAGCGACGACACUGUUUCUGGCUAUUUAUGCGUCGGAUUGAAUACGCGUCGACCAUUUGACGAGGAGUAUCAAGAUUGGAUCCAGGUUUACUCCAAUUUACUCGGAGCUUCGGCGGGCUCUGUUGCGCUCCAUGAAGAGGAAGCAAGGGGUCGUAAACGCGCGAUCGAGCAGGCGACGAAGGAUCGUGAGGUGCUCAACGCAGAGGUCGCGGUGCUCACGCAAGAGGCAAACGAUGUCGCAGAGAGGUUGCAGAAUUUCCACGAUGUUGCGAAUAGGGUUGGACUUGGGUACUUCGAGUUUGAUGUGAAUGGAAAAUUGGUCCAUGCUAACGAUGCGUAUUUCCUUCAAAGUGGCUAUCCGACAGAUCCUAAUGCCCCAGAAUUUACAUUCGUCGAGCGAGUCUACCCUCCAGAUAUCGAGAAGACCAUGGCUCAGUGGCACACCCUCGUCGCUGGCAAUCCAGUCAAAUUCGAAAUGCGAUGGAAGCGGAAUCCUGACAAGGAAAGUGGGAGCGAAGAAGAUACAAGAGACUAUCUUUGGAUUCUGUCUGCUUGCGUACCCAUCAAGUCCGAAGACGGUACCGUAAUCGGAAUUUCAGGCUGCAAUACAGAUGUUUCUGCACAGAAAGAAGCAACACGAGCGGCACUACUGCGUGUGGAGGCAGAGCGACGCUUAGCAAGCUUUACUGAACUCGCGCCCAUCGGAUUCUAUUAUCUCAAUCCCACUUUGGAAAUGCAGUAUUGUAACGACAAGUGGUUCGAGAUCACUGGCCAUCCGAAGGUACCAAAUGAUCAAAUCCAGUGGCCAGAUGUCAUUCUUCCGGAAGAUAUAGAGACCAUAUAUAAGGACGUAGAGAUCAUACUGCGCGAGAAGAGGCCGCAUGCCUUCUCUUUCCGGCUGAAAAAAUCAUGGGUUGGACCUGAUGGAUUUUCGAGCCCCACCUGGAUAUUGGCAACUGCCACGGCCGAAGUGGACGAAGAAGGAAAUUCAAAGUCCAUUAUCGGUACGCUGACAGAUAUUUCGAAUCUAAAGUGGGCCGAAACCAUCCAAAAGAUUAGGGUCGAGGAAGCUCUAGAGUCCAAGAGGCAGCAGGAGAAUUUUAUCGACAUGACUAGCCAUGAGAUGCGUAACCCUCUCAGCGCGAUGGUACAAUGCGCCGAUUCAGUUUCGUCCUCACUGGGUGAGAUGCUAGAUAUUAUUCGGGAGGACGGAACGCUCGUGUGCAAGUUGAAAGACCUGAUCGAUUCGAGCCUGGAAGCGAUAGAUACCAUCCAGACAUGUGCCACACACCAAAAGCGUAUCGUCGACGACAUCCUCACGCUUUCGAAGCUGGAUUCAAAACUUCUGAUCAUAAGCCCAAUAGCAAUACAGCCAUCAGUUCUACUUCAGGACACCUUGAAAAUGUUCAAGGGCGAAGCUCAUAAGGCCGGUGUCAGCCUCGAGGUCCAGACCGAAGCAUCGGUGGCCGACAUGGGAAUUGACUGGGCAAUCCUAGACCCAAGUCGUGUCCUUCAGGUUCUGAUCAAUCUCAUUACGAACGCUAUCAAGUUCACACAGGACCAAUCUUUACGGAACGUUGAGGUCAUCAUGGGUGCUUCAAAGGGCCCCGACAAACGGCCAGGAAUUGAAUAUGUCCCUCAAGAAGCGUUGAGAGAGGAUUUCCUACAGCAGGACGAAUGUGAGGGUGGUGAUAUAUUCUAUUUACAUUUCAUGGUGCGAGAUACGGGGUGCGGUCUUACUCCUGACCACAAGGCCAAGCUUUUCAUGCGGUUCUCGCAGGCAACACCCAAAACGCACGUACAAUAUGGAGGUUCCGGCCUCGGUUUGUUCAUCUCUCGUGAACUCACGGAAAUGCAGGGUGGCAGCAUUGGCGUCCACUCCUCGCAAGAUGAAGGAUCCACAUUCACAUUCUAUAUCAAAUCCCGCCGUGCGAAUGCUCCUCACAGGUACGAUGCAAGAAAUUCAAGGAAUGCAACGAAAAGCGCAGGUGGUCUUCCCACCCGUACCAAAGCAGAUCACACGAAGAAUGUCACAGCCUCUUCGUCGAGACAGACAGCAACACCAUCACCACCGCCUCCGCCUCUCUCGCCACCCGUAACCGCCUACCACAUCCUUAUAGUAGAAGAUAAUCUGAUAAACCAACGAGUCCUUAGCACGCAACUGAAGAAACGUGGGUGCUCGAUCCAGGUCGCCAACCACGGCGCGGAAGCACUGGCCGAGCUGUCCAAAACGUCAUUCUGGAAGUCGCCCACCACCGACUCCCCGCUCAACCUCUCGGUCGUGCUCAUGGACGUCGAAAUGCCUGUCAUGGAUGGACUGACGUGCGCGAAGAGGAUAAGAGAACUCCAAGAGAGCGGCGAGAUCGUCGGACACGUUCCCAUCAUUGCGGUCAGCGCCAACGCGAGGAGAGAACAGGUCGAGCAGGCGAGGAUGGUGGGGAUGGAUGACGCUAUCAGUAAGCCGUUCAGGAUUCCGGAGUUGAUGACCAAGAUCAGGAAGUUAGUUGGAGGCGUUGAUGGGUUGAAUUAGGACUGAAGCUUAAUUUGACUUUGUGGUUGGGUGUAGGUGUGCGGUGCUUUCAGCGACAUUGCAUCGGGUGACUGCGUUAGAGGUGCUUAUCUAUGGCAAGAAGCGUCUCUCUUGUUGGGCUCGAGCGACAGCAUCUAUAGAAUCAAGAAAGGCAGCUAUGAGCGAAGAAUGGAGUUUAUAGACAUAUGCAUAUUUGCAUACAGCAUGGCGGGUCUGGCGCAACCAUUUGUAGAUCAAUCUUUGGUUAUGUUGAGCAGAAGUAGAUGUAGCUUGGGCACAAUCAUAGAAGGAAUCUGUCGACUACUAUUAUAGAAGUCUAUUCUAGACAACAUACAAGUAUACGGCAAUGAGACAACAAG